AUGGGAAAAAAGGUGGAAACAAAAUCGAAAAAAGAAAGUGAAGUGAAUGAACAAAAUGAAGUGAACGAAAAAAAUGAAGCGAACGAAAAAAAUGAAGCGAACGAAAAAAAUGAAGCGAACGAAAAAAAUGAAGCGAACGAAAAAAAUGAAGCGAACGAAAAAAAUGAAGCGAACGAACAAAAUGAGAUUACCGACGAAAUGGUCUUGGCAUUGCAAAAGAAAAAUAAAACAAGAAAAAUAAAAGAACCAGAAACGGGAGAUAAUAAGAUAAAGAAGGCUAAAAAAAUGGAAGAGCAUGAAAAAAAAGACAAAGAAAUUAAAUUGAGUUCAGAAGAUGAACGGGAAGAACAAAUAAAAAAUGAAUAUCUUGAAAAAAUUAAAAAAAUGAAAGAAGAGGGUUUGUUUACAGAUAAGGGAUUAGGAGCUGGGCUUGUUAAAUAA